AUGGAAAUAAUAAUUAUUGCUUUGAUCUUUUUGUCUCAAACUCUUUCAUUGUGUCCAGUAAAUAACAAAAUUGAAUACUUUUCUCGUCUACAAUCGCUUCCAUCGUUCUCUCAAAACUUUUCAUAUGGUAAACAAACAAGUCAAACGGCCACUUUAACACCACUUUCUUCUUGUACAAAAGGCCGAAUCACUUAUUACACUAGCUGGGCAGAUGGUGGGUCGUGUAACUAUGGUCCACGCACCGAUCCUAUUAUACCCGGCUACAUGUUUGGUGCUGCUCCAAAUGCCGCGUUUUUCGACAAAUCCAAUAAGUGUGGAAUAUGUUACGAAAUGGUUGGACUAAGUGGUACAUUACGUUUUCGGGUUGAUAAUUCGUGUCCAGCCACUGACGUCCCCUGCAAUGGCUCAAUGAUUCAUUUUGAUUUAUCUGAAAAUGCAUUUCCAUACGUCUCAACUGGUGGAGUUACAAAUGUCACGUUCAGAAUGGUUGCCUGCGACUAUAAAGGAAAGAUCAAAAUCACAGCAGCAAGUGGAACAUCUGUCUGGUGGUUCUCUUUUGUAGUCUCUGAGCAUACCCUUGGUGUGAAGAGUGUGUUACUUAAAGACUCUGUUAUGACCGAAUUUAUAACUUUGAAUCGGACUGGAUACAACACGUGGCCGUACAAAACAUCAAAUGGCGUCAAAUUAGAAUUUCCAGUCACUUUAAAAAUAUAUUCAAUAAACGGAGAUUACGUCACUGCAACUGUUAAAACACCAGACGAAAAGGUUGUAACAGAAGCAGAUGGAAAUUUUGUUGUUCCUAAAGACCAAUUUUUUGAUGUCGAAAAGUUGAAUAAAGUGACAAAACCAACAAAUAACGACGAGUGUUGCACUCUUUGGGACGACUACUCUGUGUUGUAUAAAGAUGGUGUUGUCGGUACAUACAAAGACUGGUCGUACAAAUCAACAAGAAAUUUAUAUUCCACAAAUUCUCCAAAAGAGGGAAAAUACUGUUUGGAAAUCACUAUGAACGCAUAUGGUGGAUUACAACUUGGAGCUACAUUCCCUGCUAGAGUCGACCAAUACAAACAAUUGCAGUUUUACGUGCGAGGAAGUAUCGACACGGAGAAAGGGUUGUAUAUAAAGGCGUUGAAGACAGAGAACGAACCAAUUUAUGUCACUGUGAAAAAGGAUGUAUGGACGUUUGUUGCCGUCGAAAUGACGAAAUUGAAUUUAACAAAUAACCAGUUCUGGGGACUCGCUGCAAUAAAUCAGAAUAGCUCAACAAAUACUUUUUCAUUUGAUGCUAUCACACUUGUUAAAGACCCAAAUGCACCAUCAAUGGCAGCGUGCUGGGAUGGAAAAGAAAUUGCAUCGAAUGCAUCAAUGAGUACAAUGACUUUAGUAUUUAUACUUUGUGUCGUUGUUCUUUUGUGA